CGGAUACGUUUGCAAGCCAGGCUAUCGUAUCCAGGCCGUGUCUGGCUUCCCCGAAACCCUCAACCCCCGUGGCGGAAGCGUACCUGGUCGCAAGACUGGUCGCUUGUCGAGGCCACCAUGGCAAAUGUCCAAUGCCACGUCAUAUACGUCGACCGGUCCGUGUCGCGGGACCGGAGCGUCAGAGCGAACCGGUGGAAUAGCGAUGGGGAUGCCAUUCGAGGGGAAUCGGCGCACAUGGCGGAAAAUGUCAGGCUUCUCCUGGACGCCUUUGACGAAGUUCAUUUGUGUAGCACCGGCGCCGCUUGCCUGGACCAAUGGCUGAGCCUCCAAGAGCCCUCAAUGGCAGCGCUCAAACCGACGCUGUUCAUCCUAGAUACCCCCUACCAAGAUGAGAUGGCCCGACGAGACCGCUCGAGAUCCCCCUCGCCGUCGUCUCGGAUUGCCGACUCCGGGAAUCAAGGCGGCGAGGAGCUGUACGGUCUGGCAUUACUACGAAGGAUCGUAUCGGAGUCCUAUGUGCGGAACGUGUCCAAGCUCGUGGUCACGGUACCCAUAAUCGCGCCCCCUUACUGUGACCGUUCUGACGGCCGCGAUGGGACGGGCGAGCCGACGGGGCGAGCCGUGGCCGACAGCAGCCACCAGCUUUCGGCAGACGAGCGGAGGGCGGCCAACAGGAGGAUGUGGAAGAAGUGUCUCGAGGUGGGCGCCGCGGAUGUCAUGACGAGCCCGAUGAACCCCAGGUGUGUCAGCAACCUUGAAGUCCAUGCCUACCGCGCCCAACUGGAUGCUGCCCGUGACCAAAAGGCGCUGGUGGAGCUCCGCCGGGGCCGCAAGCGCUCGUGGGUCGGCAUCUGCGAGGAGAAGCCCUUCUCGUACCUGCGGGAAGCCAUGGUGUCCAAGCUCAUGGGCCGCAUUUGUCGCAUAGGAAGCGAAGCCGACGAGGUGACCCAUAGCAUCAAGCUGUCCAUCACCGCCGAGAAGCAGGCCCAAGUCACGUCGGCGGUGGGCCAGUGGCAUUUCUGCGCCCACGAUUUUACAGAGGACGAGCUCCUCGUGGCCGCCUCGGUCAUGUUCGAGCACGCCUUGUCCAUGCCCGAGCUGGAGCCAUGGCGGAUACCAACAGAUCAGCUGCACCACUUCCUGCUCGCCUGCCGGGCCGCGUACAACACCUUCGUCCCCUAUCACAACUUCCGCCACGUGGUCGACGUCCUGCAGGCGACGUUCCACUUUCUCGUCAGCAUCGGCUCUCUGCCGUCUUACCGCUCGCCCGACGGUUCGCUGCUUUCUCAGGCCUGCCCCAAAUCGCCGGUUGCACAGCUCCUCCGGCCGUUCGAGGCUCUGACUCUCCUUAUUACCGCCAUUGGCCAUGAUGUCGGACACCCCGGAGUCAACAACGGCUUUCUGGUCACGCUGAAUGCGCCGCUCGCCCAGUUGUACAACGAUCGGUCCGUCCUCGAAUCGUUUCACUGCGCGGCCUAUUCGCAGAUUCUGCGGAGAUACUGGCCCUCUGCCUUUGGCGACAGCAAGAUGCGCCACCUCAUGAUCAGCUCGAUCCUCGCCACCGAUAUGGGAUUGCACUUUGACUACAUGCAGAAGCUGGGUGAUCUCCAGGCGAAACUACACGCCAAUAACAGCACCGAGGACUGGGAAGAGAGCGUGAAGAACGAGCAAAGGGCACUAACAUGCGCCCUUCUCAUCAAAUGCGCGGAUAUCAGCAACGUGACGCGACGACACGAUGCAGCCCUCCAAUGGAUGCGCAUCCUAUCCGAGGAGUUCUCGCGCCAGGCCAGCAUGGAGAGCGAGCUAGAGAUCAAGACCUCGCUCAUGUCGGAGCCCAAGCAAGACACGUUAUCCCUGACGACCGCGCAGCUCAAGUUUAUGAACUUGUUCGCCCUCCCGCUCUUCCAAGGCGUUGCCGAUAUCCUCCCUGCCAUGCAGUACUGCGUCGACGAGCUUCACGUGAACAAGGAGUUGUUUGACAAGUGUUUGCUUGACGAACAGAAACGCCAGUCGCCCGCCCGGCCGGUUCUCCGGGAUCACGACAGUGAGCUCUCGAUCAGGUCGAUCAAGUUCACAAGCUCGCCCGAACCAGCGACGGAAGUGAACCCCGCUAGAGGGGCCAUCGGCAGCGUGCCAAAGGUUGUCGAGCCUCAGACGCCGGAUCCGGCCGUUUCCCAGCAAGCGGACUUCCACAGGCCGAACUCGCACCCUAAGCGGCCGACCGACGGCCGGAUCGUGAACGGCAUCGUGACCAGCUUCCCGUCUGCCAACGAACCCAGCCACGGCGAAGAUGCCCGCAUGAAUGGCGCCGCCAGCCCUCGCCAUGGCCAUACGCGACAGAGGUGCAGCGAAACGACAGAUUGGGGUUCGGCGCCCAAUAGCGGCGAUUGGGCCUCGCAAGCGACGAGCGCAACGACGGGCAGGAUGCCGCUUUCGCCGAGCACCAAGGGCACCAGCAUUGUGAGCUGUGACUCCUUCGAGCGGCCUCUCAGCUACAGCACCAGCGUGCCUAUCCCCAGCGUGGUGGCGCCCGACGAGUCGACAAGUACGGUUCCUAACUCGGCCACCACCACGGGGAGCCACACGGACUUCAAGCUGGAGAACUACCAGCCUCCUCCGCUCCUGCUGGAUGAGGAGAACGACGCGCCCCGGAACGGCCACCAGCAACAUAACCAGUACUUGAACGGCGGCAGCGCAAAAAAGAACGACCAUGGCGGGGCUGAGCCUGCAGAUCCGGGCGCCAGACAGCUCAAGAAGAAGCCGAGCCGUUUCCGGAUCAACGGGUUGCAAAACCUCUUUAGGAAACACAAGAGUUCGAGCCCGCCAAUGCAGGCAGCCGAUACCGCCGGAUAGAGCGUGGAAGCCGCUGCUCUCUGCGAACCUGGGCCUACCUCUCCCCGCUCCUUCUGGUCUGAAGGAGCCGGCGUCGGGUGGAGAGCAGGAACAAUAGCUGCAACAACAACAACAACACGACGACGACGCUGAGAUGACAACGACGAGGACAAUGACGGCAAUGACGACGACGACCUACCCCCCAAGGCUCGGUCGAGUAGCUGUGC